UCGCUGCUCUGAUGUCCAGCUCCGCUUCUGACCAGUCAUUCACUCUACCUGAACACCGGCCGCUGGGAGGAGGACGCAGGAGGAGAAGGAGGAGGCGGUGGCUGCAGGUGAACACCGGGAGAACCAGGAUGACGAGGACCCUAAAUGCUUCUGGAACCUGGCCCCAUUCACUCACCCAGCUGGUGGAAAACACACACACACAGACACAGACACUGACACACGCUCCGUGGACAGACAGUCCAGCACGUGAGGACAGGCACAGAUACAAUGACCCGAGGAGAGGACGUCCACGGCUGGGAAUCUUCCAAGGAUGGACUGAACUUCAAGGAAAAAUAAACAUUUCAGCAAAUAUGAGGAACAUCUGAGGAUUCUUCUCCUCUUUUUACCAACCGACUUCACUCCGAACAUCAGGGAUUAUUGACACCAACAUGAGCACGAAGAAGAAGAAAAGUGGACUGGUCAUCAGCUGGCACAGGUCCAUCUCCAUUCUGGCUCCGUGGAGAAAAGGUAAAGGAGACAGAGACGCCGUCUUAGAAACUGAGGUGGUCCUCACCAAACUCAAGUUCUUCAGCAGCUUUCAGGACAAAGUCCUCGCGUCUAGUGACUGUGCAGCCGACAACCAAACAGUUUCCACUUCAGAGCAGGACGGAUCGGACCUCACCAUGGUCCAUGAGACGGAUUCACAUCUGAACGACAACUCCGUACCUCCUCAAACAGGGACAGACUUUCUGCCUGUCGUCUUUUCAAACUCCCAUUUGCCAAGGUUGUAUAAGUUUGAGUCUGAGGACUCUGGUGUGGACCUGCCCAGUGGAGCCAACUCUCCGUCCACACCCAUGGGUUCUGAGCAGAGCUUCGUGGUCCACAGUCGUGAGUCGUCCUGCCAUUCCUGCAACCUGAACUCAGACACGACCGUUCUCCCAGAGGAGCUGGUCAAACAAGCACAGGACUGUGAGACACAGGAUCCCAAACAUCCUCAGGACAAUAUCUCAGUACAUUCAGUAGAAUUCUGUUCGUCACCAGAACUUCACAUGGACAAAGAUGGAGAAGGAGAGCAGCACGGACCUUCAGGUAAUACCCCUGAGGAACACAAGGAGGUGUCUGAGCAGGUUGAGGAAACCAGAGUUUCACCUGAGAAGACCUGCCCAGAGGAAAACAGUGUGGAAAAACAGUCGUUAUCAGAAACCAAGGCUGACGUGAACGGCAGCGAGCCAGAGUCCAGGAGGAGGAGGAGGAGCAGUACGAGCGAAGGUCUGGAGGAGUACAUGGAGGAAUGCUGCAGACUGAGUCAGGAACAGCCAGCAGGUUCUGGGCCUCUGGGUUCUGGUCUGGGCUACCUGGGCCACAUCUGCCAACUGCUGGAAAAGAUCGGUCAGCUGCAGGAGACCAACCUGAAGCUGCAGAGACAGAUCUGUGGUCUGCAGAAGGACAGCAGGACGACCAAGGCCAAAGAGGACUUCUUCCACCAACACUGCAGCUGUGGAGCAGCCAGUCUCAUCUUCCAGCCCGCUCUGAAGAGACAGUCCAGAAACGACUUCCUGUCGCUCAGUGGAACCAUGUCUGACCUGUCCACCAUCCCGGAGGUCACCCAGCAUCCUCUCACCCCAAACACAGACUCGAGGAGCGAAGCUCUGUGGAGGAGGAGCCUGAACAGAAGGAGUUACACUGAGGGGGAGGUUCGAUUCCUCGGGGACAGCACCGAGGGCCUCUCCCAGCUCCCCCAGCGCAGGUUCAGCGACAACUACAACUACACCUGGGGUCGGGUCAAAGACCUGGUGAAGAGGUCAAAGGUCAGGAACCAGAGCAGACUGGGACUGGUCUCUCCAUCACUGAAGAUGUCCUGUCCACAGCUCUACAGGCCUGAUCUGGGACCAGUGGAACCUGCUGCUCACAGAAACAGGAACUCCAUGAUUGUUUUGGGCCACCAGAGUAAAACGGACUUCCCUUGGUCGCCAUAAACACGGAGGUCGGAUAUGAAGUUGUUCUGCAUCGAGGAAAAUCAGAGAGGAAGAGAAACUGUUUUGGAAAAGUACAAAGAAAAGAUGGGAAUGUGAAAAUAAGAGCUGAUGCUGGUGUAAGGGAUGUUGAUGCUGAAGGAGGAGACGGACAGAGAGAGAAGAGGACGAGGUUCUGGUGCUGGGACCUGCUGUGAUGUUCUGUUGGUUCAUCUACACCACGGAGGUUUGAUGAAGACGCUGCAAACGUGACACAUCGACGCAGCGUGAAUCUGAGAACGUUCCAGUGUGAAGUACAGUCCAGCGUUGUGUAACUGCAGAGAUAAUGUGUCCACGUACUGUAACGCACGGCCCAUACAUCACAUUAAACUAGGGGCUGCAGAUAAGGUGGGCCACAGGGGGGCAGCCUCCCCACCAGGCUCACCGCUCGCUCUUGUGUAACAGUUGAAAAUUCCAAACACUAUCACUUUACUGCUGCUUAAUUUCAGGAGCAGACGCUGGGAUUAUCCCCCUCUGUUAUUCUUAAUAUUUCAGCUCAUUAACUCGGACGAGAUGUUUGACGUUUUCUUGACGUCCAGAGAUUGUUCGUGACGCCUGAGGAGCUGUGAUUGGCCGACUGUUCCAGUGUUACAUCACCACAGAUACACAGUUACAGAAAGACUGAGGUCGAACGUUCCACACUCUGACCACAGGCUGUAAAAAAAA